GACCAAACAUGCCUAAACGAUUUAGGCCCGGUAGUCCAAACCAAAGCCCAAAGUCGGGCCCAUAUAUAUUCACGUGAUCAUCAUCAUCAGAAGGCCCGCCCAAAUGCCCAAAUUCAAAGUCCAAAUAAAAUCCAACACCUGACUUCACCAUCAGAUCCCCAAAUCGCCUUGCUUGGAUCGCGCACGCCUGCAUGGAUUCCGGCGAUGGCCGCCGCCGCCGCCGCAGCCAAAGCGAGGGCGCGACUCCGACCGACCGCAUCAGCGCGCUCCCCGACGAACUCCUCCACGGCAUCCUCCUCCGCGUCGGCUGCGCCCGUGACGCCGCGCGCACCGCCGCCCUCUCCCGGCGCUGGCGCCGCGUCUGGGCGACCAUGCCCGAGCUCCACCUCCGCCGCUCCGCGUGGACGAGCUCCCCGACCUCGGCCGUCUCCCUCGUCGACGGCGCCCUCGCGGGCUACUCCGCCCCGACGCUCCGCCUCCUCGACAUCGACGUCCCCGGCGCCCGCCUCGCCGUCGCCACCCACGUCGCGCCGUGGCUGCGCUUCGCCGCGGAACGCGUCGCCGGGGAGCUCUCCAUCCGUCUGCGGAGCGGGAGGUACGGUGACGGGGCGGGGGAGGAGGAGGUGCUCGACCUGCCCGUCUGCGGCGCGGCGACGGCGAUCCACCUCCGCCUCGUCUCUCACCUCCAUCUCCGGCCACCUCCCGGCGGCGCGUUCGCCGCGCUCGCCACCGCGACGAUACAAAGCUGCCGCGUGGACGGCGGCGAGCUGGGCCGCCUCGUGUCGUCGCCGCAGUGCCCUCGCCUGGAGGAGCUCUACCUCAUCAACGUCGCGCUCGUCGCCGCCGCCGCCUCCGACGUCGCCAUCUCCUCCGCCUCGCUCCGGCGGCUGCGGUUUGGCGUCUGCGACACCCGCCGCCUCGACGUCGACGCGCCGGAGCUCCGGUUCCUAAGCGUGUCGAACGCCGGCGAAGCGCGCGUCACCGCCGGGAAGGUGGAGGAGGUGGCGCACACCGGCGACAUGGACCGGUACGAGUACACCCAGCUGGGACGCCAUCUCCGGCGGCUGGAGAUCGACUUGACCUCUCCAAUGGCGGCGUUUCUUGGGCGGCUCGACACCGUCGGCGAAUUGAGCCUUCAUCUUGCAUUUCAAUCGGAGCUAAGUGAUUGGUCGCAGCAAUUCGAGAAGUUAGUCGAGGAAAUGAGCAAGCUUCCUGAGUGUGAGGCAUUGGAGAUAUGCCCAGCAUUCAAUCAUUCUCAUGGAUUUCUACCAAUUGCGAUGCAUCUUCUUAGGAGAUUUGCUGGUAUCAGAAAACUUUCGGUCAAUUUGUGGUGGGUGAAGCCUCCAUGUCCACCCGAGCUAGUAUCUUAUUGCCCUUGCAGAACGUUGACAGAUGAUCUCUUUACUGACAACAACAUCAUCAUGCUUUGUCAUCUUGAAGAGAUUGAAAUCGAUGAGUUCAGAGAAAGAGAUGAGCAAGUGGAAUUUGUGAACCAAUUGCUGAGAUGCAAUGUGCCGCUGCUUGAAAGGGUUGUGUUCAACGUACCAAGCUGUUGUUUCCCAGAAAGCGAGGAGAUCAUACGCGAGAAGAUCCAUGGCAAGCUUCGUGGAGACAAGAUCAAGGUCAGAUUCAAGAUACGGAGAUAUUUUAGCGAAUUCGCGCAUUUGAUCCCACAACCUAAAAAACGAGUGUAAUGUCGUUUGUGGCCGAUGUAAUGUGUUCUGUUACCAAUGAUCUUUUGUACGAUGGAUACUGGUAGCUAUCUUGUAUGAUCAAGACAUGUUUUUAGAUAUCCAUCAGGUUAAACUUGCAAAAAUUUGGGCAUCAAUUUCUUGUAUGACAUUUGAAUUGAACAGAUGAAUGUUUCAGUCUAUAAUUUCAGCAAA